UACGGCAGAGCCCGGGAGGUGGCGGUGGCGGCGGCUGGUGGCGGCUGGUGGCGGCUCCGAGCGGCCCCCCGCGCCGUCCAAGGAGGAGCCGCCCAGCUGUCCUGGACUAUGCUGGCGUGGCCCUAGGCCCAGACCUUACACCAUGACCUGCUGGCUGCACAUGCUGGGCCUGCACUUGCUGCUGCUGCCCACAGCGCCCCUGGCCACAGGCUGCCCUGCACGCUGCGAGUGCUCCGCGUCCACUCGUACUGUGGCCUGCGGGCGCCGCCGGCUGACCGCCGUCCCCGAAGGCAUCCCGGCGGAGACGCGGAUGCUGGAGCUGAGCCGCAACCGCAUCCGCUGCCUGAACCCCGGGGACCUGGCCUCGCUGCCCACCCUGGAGGAGUUGGACCUCAACCAUAACGUGAUCGCCCACGUGGAACCUGGGGCCUUCGCCAACCUGCCCCGCCUGCGCGUCCUGCGUCUCCGUGGCAACCAGCUGAAGCUCAUCCCGCCAGGCGUGUUCACACAUCUGGACAGCCUCACGCUGCUGGACCUGAGCGAGAACAAACUGGUCAUCCUGCUGGAUUUCAGCUUCCAGGACCUGCGCAGCCUGCAGCGGCUGGAGGUGGGCGAUAACGACCUGGUGUUCAUCUCCCGCAGGGCCUUCGCGGGGCUGCUGGGGCUGGCUGAGCUCACGCUGGAGCGCUGCAAUCUCACGUCGCUGUCCCCGGAGUCGCUGGGUCACCUGCGGGGCUUGGGCGCUCUGCGCCUGCGCCACCUGGCCAUCGCCGCCCUGGAGGAUCAGAAUUUCCAGAAGCUUCCGGGACUCUCACAUCUGGAGAUUGACAACUGGCCGCUGCUGGAGGAGGUAGCCCCGGGCAGCCUGCGUGGGCUGAACCUCACCUCGCUGUCCAUCACGCACACCAACAUCACGGCUGUGCCGGCCGCCGCGCUGCGACAGCAGGCCCACCUCACGUGCCUCAACCUGUCGCACAACCCCAUCAGCAUGGUGCCACGCGGCUCCUUCAGAGACUUGGUGCGCCUGCGCGAGCUUCACCUAGCAGGAGCCCUGCUGGCGGUCAUCGAGCCGCAGGCCUUCGUGGGGCUGCGACAGAUCCGCCUGCUCAACCUCUCGGACAACCUGCUGUCCACGCUGGAGGAGAACACGUUCCACUCCGUGAACACGCUCGAGACGCUGCGCGUGGACGGCAACCCUCUGGCCUGCGACUGUCGCCUGCUGUGGAUCGUGCAGAGGCGGAAGACCCUGAACUUUGACGGCAGGCUCCCCGCCUGCGCCACCCCCGCCGAGGUGCGCGGCGACGCCUUGCACAACCUCCCUGACUCAGUGCUCUUCGAGUACUUCGUGUGUCGCAAGCCCAAGAUCCGGGAGAGACGGCUGCAGCAUGUGACCGCCACCGAGGGUGACGACGUGCGCUUUCUGUGCCGCGCUGAGGGCGAGCCUGCGCCCACGGUGGCUUGGGUGACGCCCCAGCACCACUCGGUUACAGCUGCCAGCCGGGGCCGGGCACGCGUGCUGCCUGGGGGCACCCUGGCCAUCACAGACACGCGGCCUCAGGACAGUGGCACCUACACGUGUGUGGCCAGCAACGCCGGGGGUAACGACACUUAUUUCGCCACCUUGACCAUCCAUCCGGCUGCCAACCGGACCCAGAGCGAUGGGCACAACGAGACGCAGGUGGGCGUUCGGUUCCCUCUGGACCUCACCACCAUUCUUGUGUCCACCGCCAUGGGGUGCAUCACCUUCCUGGGCGUGGUCCUCUUCUGCUUUCUGCUGCUCUUUGUGUGGAGCCGCGGCCGUGGACAGCACAAGAAUAACUUCUCCGUGGAAUAUUCCUUCCGCAAGGUGGACGGUCCAGCGGCUGCGGCUGGCCAGGGUGGCGCACGCAAGUUCAACAUGAAGAUGAUCUGAGCCGGUCCCAUGGUGAGCUGUGAGAACGGGACCGCUCGAACCUCUGUCCAGUCCCAGAUAAUUUCCACCUAUGCAUAUUUUCCCAGGGGGUAGCCGUGGAGGCAGCUGCAAGUCAGCUCACAAGCAGAACUUCCUUAUUUUUGUAGACAUAUGUGGGAUUGUUUUUGAGCAAAUCACACCUUUUGCAGUUCCUGAAGUGUUUUCUAAGGUUUCAAUCUGUCUUUCCCACCCUCUGCUGUGGCUGCUGUGCUGGGACCCAAAGUGACUGGGGACACGCAGGGUCCAAGAUUUCUUAUGCAGAUGCAGGCUGUGGCCCUAAAGUCCUGCAUCCUCCCUCUGCCCCUACUCAGCAGUCACGUCCCCAGAUGCCUACAGUGAGAGCCCUGGGGACACAGGGCACACAGUGCUUGCAGUGGGUUUCUCCUCAGCUCAUUGUGACACAACCUGUGUCUCACACAUACUUCUGAGUCACACAGGGCCCAAGACUGCAGUAGGGACCCUGGAAUGCACUGGUCCAGCUCCUGUCCACUGCUACUCGGGUACCCAGGGCUACCCCAGACCCUGCUGAGAAGCUCAGUCACCUCGGGAGCCCUCUCCCCACUUUCCAUCCCACCAGGAACUUCAGGCCCAGGGGGCCACCUGCCAGGAGAAGCCAUGUUCCCCAGAGGUCCCUCCACCCUGCUUGCCAUGCCGGACAUCUGCUUGCAGGAGUGCCAGCUGCCCUGGGUCCUAGGAGUGCCUCUCAGGCCAUCCACACCCACCUUGCUGCUCUGCAGAAGUCCCCUGCUGAGGGAGUGGGAGGGGGUGAGCAGGCAGGGGCAGUUCAUGGGAAAUGCUCAGAUGUUAGACAGGGCCAGGUCAUGACCCACUAGCCUAUCCCAACUAAGUUUAUCCCCAGCGUAACCUCUGCCUGGUCACAGGACGCUGUUGAAAGAGGGGACAGAGGGCACUUUGUAGGACUUGGUCAGAAACCAGGCAAGUACAGUUGCCCGUUGGACAUGUGGUAAGACAGACAGACACUCAUCCCACCUGCCCCGCUUAAUGCCUGUGGCCAUCAGGACCGUCUGUCUGUCUUUACAGAGCAGGUCUGAGCUUGUAGCCUUUGCCUGUAUACCGAGAGGCCCUCAUGACUGUGUCCAGACACAAAGGCAUAAUGCAAUCAAAGACCCAGAUCAAGCUCUGCAAGUCGGAACUGGGCUGGGAACGUGGGGACCCUUUGGUUCUGACCUCCCCAACCUCUCCAUCGCAUACAAACUGAUCAACAGGACACGUAAUGGAAUGGACUGGCAUUUCCAGACUCUUAUCCCUGAGCCUGACAAAAUUGACCUCUUUGGUCGUAGAGUGUCUAUCCUCUUAGCCCCCAUUGCCAUGGCAACCCCAGGGCCCUCAAAACAACCAACGAAAUCCAAGUGCCUUUAGAGUUAUUAAAAGACAGGAGGGGUGCACUCCCGGCAGGGUUAGAGUUCACAGUGUCAGUACAUUACAUUGGAGUUCCCCAGUCCCAACAACCUCCAUCCUCACGUGCUGUGUUUGACUGAAAUCCAAUUAAACAAGUUGAUUUAAUACAAAA